AUGAGUAGUGAUGAGAAGCAGUCUACAGAGCAGUUUUCAUCGAACGAAACCCUUGAAAUCCUACCUAUGGAACUGGAACGAAGAAGAUAUGAGGGUGGUAACGAUGCAAACACAUAUUCUGAAAAUUCAAUCUCAGUUUCUGACAUGGCCACAGAACCAAAAGAUUUCAAACUAAGGAUUGAAAAUAAGAGUUUAGUCAUAGUCCAACAACCACUCGCCAAACGGCAGCAGCCUGAGUGGGAGCACACUUUGCUUCGACGGGAAACAAAAGGUGCCAACAGGGGUGAAGUACAAUCAGACUCUGCUCCAAAGACAAAAAGCAGCCUUCUGGACCAACACAAGCGACCAGCGGAAUUGGUAGCCUGCCAACUUCAACCUUUUGGGAAAACGCAACACUGUUCACAGACUGACUGGUGCGAUACUUUCAUUGUCGGCGUUGACCCACCAAUGCCUUUGAUCGAAAAACAAGGAUAUCUAAACGGACAAGAGUGCGAGAGAAUCCUGAAAAGACUUGAAAUUCUGCAGGACGAAGGAAAGUUUGCUGACCAUGAGCGUCUUGUUACUGCCUUUAUUACACGUUUUGCAGAUGGGGAAAAUCCGGACAUGGAGUUGGCCUUAAAAAUAGAGCGAGGAGUGGCCUUUUCUUAUCAGAAAGAGUCUAAGAAGAGCAAGUCUAUGUUUACCUCAGUCAUAAAAUCAGAACAAACACAGAAUUACGACGUUACAAAUCCUAGUAUUUUAACAGCAAGAGCCUAUUUUUUACUUGUAGAAGACUACACAAAUAGAAACUCGAUGAAAUUAUCCCCGCUAUUUGAGUUUCUUCGACGCAGCGAGUUUCUUCUGCAAAAUCACGAUUCGCCAGAAGACUGGGCCGAGCUGUAUUACAACUACGGAUGCGUUUGGUUGAAGUAUAUGAGCAUUAUCCCAGAUGACCUGAGAAAUGCACAGGCGCGAGAGGCUGCGCGGGAUAAAGCAAAAUAUUACUAUGAGCAAGCUGUCUCUUUCUGCCAAAGAGAUGAACGACCGAGAGUUCAGAUAAAAAACCAAACGUAUUGUCAUCUCGGAUUAGCAGCACUGCUGUUAGACUGCAGUUCAACUGCCGCGCGCACCCAAGAAAAAGAAAUCGCUCCCUGUGAUAUUAAGGAAGCCAAAGAACACCUUGAUUUUGUUCAGCAUAGACUUGGUGAGAGUGUACCGAGGGGAACACAGGUACAGCUCUUGAAAACUCGAUCUGAUCAAUUCUAUCGUCAGAGAUUAUAUCAACUGGCCAAAGAAACAGCCGAAGAGGCUUUUCAGCUCGCUUCCUCGAAUGGAUUUAACACUGAAUUAGUCCCUCUUCAAGAAAGGAUCCAGUUUCUUGACUUAAAGCUUGAGAUUGCCAAAGAGGUUACUAUCAUGGAAAUAGAAGAUGCCCAUACUGAAAGCUGCUAUAGUGGCACCGAGUAA